UCAUUCAGUUUACUCAAAAAACAAAAUAAUUGAAAAAAUUAAAAAAUAUUUUGUAUAAAAAGGAUGGAUCCAAACCGAGGUAAAGAUAGCUCGUCGGAGACUGUUUAUUGGAAGGAUCUUCUGCCCAAAAGCAGGGUGUUGAUAACUACCAACAGAGCCGAUUAUGUAAAUCAUACGGGAAACUUUAUCAAGAGUCCCCCUGUUCGUCAGACCCAAGAGGAUCCAUCUCUUAUAACAGGUCACUAUGUGCAUAACCUGAAAAUCCGCGGUGUAGAACAAACGACACGAACCUGGCCCAAAUCCAUGGACUGGCGCGAGGAUUACAAACAGUUCAUCAAACGGGCCAAAUGGUGCAAUGAGAAGAUCUACAAAUUAUUCUUCGUCAAUCCGCCCGUUGAUGAAAAUGUUCUCAAAAGCUACAUACAGGAUCUGCGAAAAACGAUCUACAUGCAGGAUUACUCGCCAUACCAUUACGUAUCCUUGGCGAGUCGGCGUAGAGCUUCAAAUGUUAAGAAUCCAUUUGAGUUCAAAGAGGACGAUUAUUUGACCAAUUAUGGUUGUUACUACAAUCGUCUGCAAGAAACUGAACCCUUUAAAAGUGCCCUAUUUGAAGAAAAGCCCAGCAAAGACUUAACGGUGGACAAAUUUGCGUCUGAUAUGCGCAAGCUAUUCACCAAGUACAAUUGUACCACAUACUUUGAUGAAAUCUGCGCUCCGGCCCUUUUAAAGGCCAAGGAUGGUAUAAUGCCUGCAGGUUUCAUUGAUCGCUAUCAGUUCCGAAAAUAUUGAGUACUUACACGUCCUCCCAUUCGUGGAAUAGUGGUAACACACGAUUGGAUUGCGCCACGGGAACGAAUAUCACCGCAUAUUUUAGGUAAUCUCUAGAGUCCUGCAAAAAAAAUUCAAUAUAUAGGUAAAGGUACUAUUAAAGUAAUUAUUAUAACCUCUGUGACAUAAAACCGUGUAUAUAAAAACAAAAAUAAA